AUGGCCGACGCCCUUGCCUCACAACUCAAGAAUACCAUCCUCGGGGAUGGCAACGCAGAACCCAGACUCCAGGACACACUCAAGCUACCUCCUAAAGAUGCCCGACCCCAGACUGAGGACGUCACGGCCACCAAGGGCCUUGAGUUCGAAGAUUUCUACAUUAAGCGGGAACUGAUGAUGGGUAUUUUCGAGGCUGGAUUCGAGAAACCAUCUCCUAUCCAGGAAGAAACGAUACCCGUUGCUCUCACAGGAAGAGAUGUCCUUGCUCGAGCCAAGAACGGCACGGGUAAGACCGCUGCUUUCGUCAUUCCUACCCUUGAACGUAUCAACCCGAAAAGCACCAAGACCCAGGCUUUGAUCCUGGUCCCCACACGAGAGCUGGCUCUUCAGACAUCCCAGGUCUGCAAGACUCUUGGAAAGCAUCUGGGAAUCAACGUCAUGGUUACUACCGGUGGAACUGGCCUCAUGGAUGAUAUUAUCCGGUUGAACGACGCUGUUCAUAUCCUGGUCGGUACCCCCGGCCGUGUUCUGGACCUUGCUAGCAAGGGUGUUGCCGAUCUGUCCGAAUGCCCAACUUUCGUCAUGGAUGAGGCAGACAAACUCCUCUCCCCCGAGUUCACCCCCGUCAUUGAGCAACUCAUGUCGUUCCAUCCGAAGGAUCGUCAGGUCAUGCUUUUCAGUGCUACUUUCCCUCUCAUCGUCAAGUCGUUCAAGGACAAACACAUGCGUAAUCCGUAUGAGAUCAACCUUAUGGAUGAGCUCACCUUGCGCGGUAUUACGCAGUACUACGCUUUCGUGGAGGAGAAGCAGAAAGUCCACUGCCUGAACACCCUGUUCUCAAAGCUCCAGAUCAAUCAGUCCAUCAUCUUCUGUAACUCCACCAAUCGCGUUGAGCUACUGGCUAAGAAGAUCACAGAGUUGGGCUACUCUUGCUUCUACUCGCACGCUCGGAUGCUCCAGCAGCACCGUAAUCGCGUAUUCCAUGAUUUCCGCAACGGCGUCUGCCGUAACUUGGUCUGCUCGGACUUGCUGACCCGUGGUAUUGAUAUCCAAGCGGUCAACGUCGUCAUCAACUUCGACUUCCCCAAGAACGCUGAGACCUAUCUUCACCGUAUCGGUCGUUCCGGGCGUUUUGGUCACCUGGGUCUGGCCAUCAACUUGAUCAACUGGGAAGACCGUUUUAAUCUGUACAAGAUUGAGCAGGAGCUGGGCACUGAGAUCCAACCCAUUCCUCAAAACAUUGACAAGAAGCUCUACGUCUACGAUUCUCCCGAAAACAUCCCUCGUCCUAUCUCGAACCCCGCGCAACCCAUGCUUUCGGGUCCUCAGCACCCUAGCAACGGUGACCGUCAACCCCGUCGUCAGCACAAUCACCAGAAUAACGGGCAAUACUACAGCAACAGCCGGGGUCGGGGAGGCUCUUAUCGUGGUGGCGGUCGUGGACAAGGCCCGCGCCGUGGUCCCCAGCAACAUGACCCCAACAAGCCCGCCCUUGCCCCUAGCCAAGUUGGUCUGAAGCCGCCAGCUCCCGUGUCUUAA